AUGCCCUCAGAUUUCUUGGCGUCUCAACUUUUUCUCAUUUCCCAGCAUUUUCGUGUUUGCCGUCAUAUCAGUUUUCUUCGGGAAAGGGUUCCUGUUUACGACCCACUCCACAUGCGUAGGAUGUGGCCUCCGACUGGGUUUGACAGACAGGGCCCACAGUCACCUGGGGGACUCGGUGCUUCCGAUCUGCCGGAGGGAGCCUUCUCACGUUCUCUCUUCUCUACCCCACGUGCUUUAGAAAAUAGUUCGACCCGGAGUUCACUUUCAGAGAAAGAAGUGCCGUCAGAGAGCUGUGAAAAGACAGCGAAGGCGUCGCCGCCGGGUCUCCGCAUGGAAGAGACACAGAGGGCGAGUGGAAAUGUCUUUCGUCCGUUUCGAUCUCAACACCACUGGCGCUCUUCUCCGAGUUUUACUUCCUUCGGGAGCUCUCAGGAUCUCUCGUCUUCCCCGCUGUACCGUUUUUCAAACGUGUCUUCGAAUCCGCAAUUCUUUAGCAGCCGAACGCUGGGCGCCACGUCAUGCGAAACUCGACGCCGCCUCAGCGUGCCUGAAGACAGUCUCUCCGGAGGCAGUGUCCCCGUGAUCUCUUGCGACAGUAAAACUUCGGUUGUUCUGUCCCCCCUCUGCCUGCCCAGCCUCGCUGGGUACCCUCCAGGUGUAUGUACACCUCGGUCGCCGAAAGGCGGCGAGUCGUCGACGCGGCAGUCCAUCUCGAGCGUGUCGACAGAUGCGUUUUCACUCAAGUCGAUCACGCCGAGGAACAGUGCGUCUUCUUUCUGGACUGACUCGGGUUGUUUGACGCCUUUUGGGUCUGUCUCGCCGGGCGCGCUUUCGCGGCCUUUGGGCCACCCGCCGUCGACGGGGAGUUACGAGAAGUCGGCAAAGUCCUUGUCAGCAUGCAGGUCGUGCCCUGCGUCUGUCUUCGCUGCGUAUGCCAUUGAGGCGGAGAGCCUCGGUGCCGACGACGAUGUAGAGCAACCCGAGGAAGAGUCGUCAGAGACAGAUGACGGUGAGUCUGCGCUAAGACGUCCCGUCAGUCAGUCGGGGGUAUCCGGCCCGACAGGACGAGUUCGGGACUCUCGUUUGUGUGUCGAUGUCUCUCCAGCAAGGGGCGUCUUCUUUGUCCCAUCGUAUCUUAGGGAGAAAGCGUGUAAAAGGGAAUGCGUGCUCACGUGUGUACCUGCGUUGUCACCACUUAAAGGCAUUACUCUUCCUAGACUGGGAGAGUCGUCUAGGUGCGCGUUCUGGGCAAUUCCCAUGAACGGUGAUGCGGAGGAGCGGCAGAGAAAAGCUGGCAGGAGCGAGGAAGGCGGACUUUCUUCUGGGGGCAUUCCCGCGAAUGCUGGCGACAACAAGAAAGGGACUGGUUUGCCAGCUGGGUCUCUGGCUUCGCGUGGAAGUGAAGACGCGCACUCUCGUCCUGUCGCGACGGAGAGGCAAGGCCCGGCACUCAGCGGAGACGCGUGGACUGGGGCACUCCGGCAGCCGGCGCACGCUGACCAGACGGGCACACGGACUACGAGUGAUGGGAGCGGGAGAAAGAACUCCUGCGAUUUAUCCAUCUCAACGGAUAUGUCUCAGACUGAAGAGAAGGCCGCUUCUCGUAUCGCUAGAAGAGCGGGAGGAGACGUGUCUGCGGCAGACUUCCCAGCCCGGCAAUCGAAUGGUGCCUUGCCGCAAGAAGUCGACAAGAUAGAUUGGAGUGCAGAGAUGGAAACGCGACAAGGCAGUAACGGGAUCUGGGCGUCCUUCCAGUUGAUUUGCAAGGUGAAGACGAUCGAAAAAGCUUCUCUCGUCCUUCCGUAGAGAAACAGUGGACGCGCUUGAAAAGAUGGGACCACAUUUCCAGGUGGGAAGCGAGUGCGUGUCUGAAGCUGACAAACCAGCGGCUUAACAACUGCCCUCAAAGCCUUGAAGGCGGCAUACCAACAACCUAGGACCGGAGAAAGCAAAGAGUGACGCACAAUGAAGUGGGUAGAGAGUAGAUGGGAACAGUGCUUUCCUGGAGAGCAAGUAUUGCUUUUUUGGGUUUUCGGAUCUAUUUUGUUGGGUGUGAGUGCCCGUACGUUCCUCCUCGCCGGCGUGCGAAGAGGACAUCCGACCUGGGACAAACAGUAUGGAGUAGGAUUCUGACUCCAGCUGUCUGUUGGGUCUGCCUUUCCAGACGCAAAUAAACUUUUCUUCACCACGUGAGUCCCUUCCCAGUGAAACGUGUUAAUCGGCUUCGUCUCGUGCCGCCUUUGCGGUACCAUUUACGCAUGUCGCAGCACUCGCUCAAAACGGUAGAGUUCUGUGCGUGAGGUGCUGUGGAGGACUCCUCCGUGGAUCGUCUCUCCGUUCUUCUCAGGGAGACGGGAGACGAGGCACCUUUAGAGCUGUGCUUCUUUUUUGCCUGUGAACACCGGCUUUCUUCCCAGAAGCUCAACCUACCAGAUUUCAUGCACGUCGAUCUCGUUCAUCGACACGG